AUGUCUGCUAUUAAUGAAAGUAUCAGUGAGCAAUUAAAACAUUUUGUUGCUGAGUGUUUAACAGGAUUGAAAAAUUUUAGUGAAGAUAGAACUUAUGUUGCAGAAUAUAUUAUUUUGUUAAUGUCAAAUGGUGGAUCUUUAGAGGACGUUGUUAAAGAGUUGCAUUCCUUAUUUGAUACGGUUGAUGUAGCAGAUUUGCAAGUUGUUAUAGAGGGUGCAUUUGUAGCAGCCUCUACAUUAAAUAGCAAUACUGGUAAUUCCUCUAGUACUCUUAACGAACUACUUCAACAAGUUUUAGUUAAAUUAAGAGGCUACGAGUCACAACCGAAAACACAACAGGUUGAGCAAGUACCUCCUCCUACUCCUAGUACGGUGGAUGCUAUAACGCAGGACUAUAACAACAAUCGAGUUCCAAUCCAAACAAGUAAUAAUAAAGCCAAUCGAGCCAGUGGUUAUGGUGUUGGUAAACGGUUUGUUCAGCAUAACAACGGUGGUAAUAAUAGAUAUGAUGUUAAGAAUAAGUUGAAUAAUCCAAGGUAUAUGAAGAACUUUGUUAAAAAUCUAACACCUCAAAAGGAAGAGCGUUGCAAAGAUUUCCCAAAUUGUCCAUUGACUACGAGGGAAUGCCCCUUUGCUCAUCCAACAAAACUAUGUCUUUUAUAUCCAAACUGUCCUAGGAAGAAUCAUACGUGCACAUUUUUACAUCCAGACGAAGAUCAAGAAUUAAUGGAACAAUUAAAGAAGUCGAAGGCAGAGUUUUUGGAAAAGAAGAACGCUGCGAUUGCUGCUAAUAUAGAAAGGAGCAAGAUGCUGUCUAGUGGUAUUGUUUUAUGCAAAUUCGGGGCUGUAUGCGCGAACCCAAAAUGUCCAUUUGGUCAUCCAACUCCCUGCAAUGAAGACCAAAAAGUUUCUGAUUACACAUGGUGUUCUGAAAAUUUAAAAUGUGUUGAUCCAAACUGUGUUAAAGCACAUAGUUCUCCAUCUAAGGUCAAAGCUGUUCAACCAUUGGGCAGAGCAGCUAUUGUGACAGCUACUGCGGCUAAUUCUUUUGCUACAGAAAAAUCUUUGGAGCAGUGUAAAUACGGAUUGUAUUGUACAAAUAAACAUUGUAAGUUCAGACAUGCUAAAUCUCCAAUUAUGUGUCGUGACGGUAGUUCAUGUACUAGAAUUGACUGUAUUUUUGGUCACCCUAUUCCAGAAGAUUGUAAGUUUGGCGUGAAUUGCACAAAUAAAGCUUGUUUGUUCAGGCAUCCGGAAGGGAGAGUUAUUUCAGAUUCUAAGUGGGUUAAUCCAGAAUUACAAAAGGGACAAGGACAAGAAGUACAGCCCCAAAUUGAAGAAAGUCAACAGCAGCAGCAGCAGCAGCAGCAGCAACAAGUUGAUGCAGUUAUGACUGAAUGA